GCCGUCCGCCGCGAGACGUCCGACGAUUGGCGUUGCCGUAGCGACCGAGUGCCGAGCGACGAAACGCAUCUCGCGACCGGCACUUGAUCAACGGACGCAAAUUUUUAAAGGGUUGAUUUAAUUCAAGGUCACUCUUCCGCUAGUGUCCGUUAUAUCCGCGAUUUGGAUUCGACGAUUGUCCCGAUUUUUCGGUGUGAAAAUUGGUGCGAAGUGCCUGUGUGGAUUUAAUUUCGUUGAAAAACUGGAUUCUGUGCAGUGCAAUCGACCGGUAAUUAUCGGAUAUUCUGAAACUGGUUCGCUUACUUGUGACCGCGUCUCUAUUCGUGCCGAGAGGACUCUUCGAAAUGAACGCAGCAGACUGGAAAGAAGAAUGAGCAGUCAAGGGAGCGGACUAAGCCUAUCGGUUGCAGGGGUCAUGAGCCUGCCACAUGGUGUAUGUGUUCUUAUUUGGCUGCCAUAAGACGCCUUUUAGACACUGAAAAUCAGCAGUACACGUCAUCGACGACCUGCCCUUCGUGUGACAUGCCCUUCGACAAGGGCAAAAAACGACGGUUGAUUGACAAUUGCGGCCAUGAACGGUGCUAUUCGUGCAUGUUCACCAAUGAGGCGUGCCCGCUGUGUUCCAACGAUGCCAGAUCUGCAUUACAAGACGAUGGACCAUUGAACACAGAUAUCGGCUGUCAUGGUCUUAGAGGCUCGGAAAUAACGCUGUAUGGGGAAACACCUCAGAUCAUCGUUGAAAAAACCACAGACAAGAUGCAAGCUAGAACCAAAGUCAAGACCAACGGUCAUUUCACCACCUAUAUGCAGGCUCGCCAGGACCUGUCGCCGUCCAGAGACCAUCAAGACGGCGGUCUACUUUCGGGUCAUCCAGAAAAAUUGCCGAAAACCAGACCUUCAAGCGGUGGAGGGCACGUAAGGCACUCAGGUGGUGGAGUGAUGACCCAGAGUUGUCCGACUCCGCCGCAGGCGCGGAAGAAGUUCUUUCUGAGCCCCAAGGCGCUCAGAAGCCCGUUUCUAAGUAGAGCUGCCAGGCAAAAUGACGCCGCACUUUCUGCCUUGAUGACCUCUUCUACGACCUCAAACGAAGGACGUCAUUGGCCUAGCGUUGUGUUAGGUAAAAUCAGGUCUUUGUGGAAAGCGGGAUCUUCGAAUGCGGGACUAAAUCAACUAGUCGUUUCAUCAGACGAUGAAGCAACUUUAAAGGCUGUGUCUUCUCCCGCCUCAUCAGGCUCAGGACCUCGAAAGACCCACGAGCAUGACAUGUACAUGCGAUUGGGACUUUUGCUGGGUGACGGUGCUAGACCAGCGGCUGGUGGUAGAAGGAAUAUUGGAGGCCAUAGGCUUCAUCACCAGGAACACGCGUAUCACCAUCCAGGUCCCCACACCGAAUCAUGUUCGUCACUGGCAGCUCUCUCAGCAAACACCAGUCCAGUCUCGACGUUGACAGGUAGCUCGGAAGAUCAGCACCGCAGCGUGAACACUGGCUCAGAAAGUGUGGGAUCGUUGGUGUCCAUGUCCGUCUCAGGACAAAGCAAUUGCAGUUCUAGUCCUAUUAGUAGGCGGCAUAGUGUCACCACUACUCAACCUGGUCAAGUAGAAGACCUGGGCGUGUUCAAAAACCGAAGAACCUGCGCCAGGAGAUCAGCAAGGACCAGCGGAACAGUAAAAAGUCCUGUCGAUCCAAAAAUUAGGUUCGGACAGUACAGGACGCAGCAACUUACGCUGAAACCAUUAUUUUUCGAAGUGCCACUUCAAGAACCUGACCCUCUUUUUAUUGGAAGGCAUUGGUUGAUCAAGGAAAUCGAAGACAUUGUUGCUUCUUCCAGCCCAGGCGUUCUGCUCACGGGCAACCCAGGCACAGGCAAGACUGCCUUGGUGCUGCAAUUAGUCGAAUACAGUUGCUUCGGUAGAAGAAAGGACGCCCCGAUCUACCAGCAGGUGCACUCUCCAGAGAGGUCGAGGAGUCCGCACUACCAUAUGGACGUCGUCACCGAGAAGAUCCGGAGGCUAGCCGGUAGCGUGGUGGCCUAUCAUUUUUGUCAGGCUGACAACAACAACACCUGUUUGGUGCCGGAUUUCGUGCAUUCCUUGGCGGCGCAGUUAUGCCAGGCGCCUCAACUGAUCGCGUAUAGAGAGCACCUGUUGAGUGAGCACCAUUUGCAGAACAUCCUGUCUCUGAAGGAAUGUAUAGCGAAUCCAGACGUUGCUUUGGCAAGAGGAAUUCUGGAACCGUUGUCUACCCUAAGGAGGGUAGGGAAAAUAGAUAAUGUUAACUGUGUGAUAUUGGUGGACGCACUCUGCGAGGCCGAAUACCAUAGGCCAGAUCAUGGAGACACCAUAACAUCAUUCCUAGCUAAGCAUACCCCCAGUUUUCCGUCGUGGCUCAAAGUUAUGGCGACUGUCAGGACUCAACUUUUAGAAUUAACGAAACAGCUGCCUUACACGAGAAUAUCAUUGGAUAAUGUACAGAGCGAGAAUAUACAGAAAGAUAUUUUGCAGUAUGUUAGCUUUAGGUUGCAAAACAGUCCGAGUAUACAGAAUAACAUAACAGUCUCUUCUACCAAUGGUAAAAGUGAAAGUUCCAGUGUAUCCCAACACAAAUUUUCGCAGCAUUUAGUGUCUACUAGUCAAGGGUCGUUCCUUUUCGCCAAGUUAACCUUGGACCUCUUGGAAAGAGGACAGUUGGUCGUGAAAUCCUCAGGAUUCAAGGUCUUACCUGUGUCUUUAGCGGAAAUAUACCUGUUGCAUUUUAAUCUUAGGUUCCCAACGAUCCGUUCGUUCGAAAAGGUCUGCAACAUCCUCAGCGUUUGCCUAGCAGCGUUGUACCCUCUAACUCUGCUCGAGAUCUAUUAUUCCGUCAACUCCAUGAUGGUGGACAACUUCCUUCCUUGGCCGGAGUUUCUGCAGCGAUUCAAACUCCUCUCCGGCUUCCUGGUGAAGCGAUUAGACAACACGUACAUGUUCUUCCACCCUUCGUUCAGGGAAUGGUUGAUACGCAGAGACGAAAACGAGGCUACGAAAUUCUUGUGCGAUCUCCGAUCGGGACAUGCUGGUAUCACUUUCAGAUUAUCGCGGGUUCAAGCUCCAUUGGACCCGGAAAAAACUCUGGAGCUAGGCCAUCACAUCCUGAAGACUCACGUGUACAGAAAUAUCACAUUUUCGCACACCAGUUCCAGAGAUUUGCAAGCGCACUGGGUAGCAGAGAGCUCAGAAAACGUCUCAGCGGCCGUUUGCUGCCUCAGAAACAUGUACAGUCCUAACGUCAAGGUUUCUAGGCUACUUCUGUUAGCCGGAGCAUCUCCUGAUCAUAUCACGGAUUUCCUCGGGAACGCGCCUGUACUUUGCAUGUAUGCUAACGAAGGCAUCGUACCAAUGGUAUCGCUCCUUUUGGAAUUCGGCGCAGACGUAGAAUUGGCCAACAGUCAAGGUCGUACCGCCUUGUCUUUAGCCUCUGCGAAUGGCCAUUGUGACGUGGUCAGACAACUUGUAGCUGCUGGUGCCUCACCAGGGAGAGCAGACACUGCUGGGCGGUGCCCUUUGGUGCAUGCUGCUAGAGACGGAAGACUCAAUGUCGUAGGGUAUUUGUUAGCCUGUGAUUGGCCCACCGAGAAAACGACGGAAAGUGACGUAGGCUUAGCGGAGGCAGCUCAACAAGCUUUAGUAGCAGCUGCUGGACAUGGACAUGUAGACGUGGUGGAAUAUCUACUUGAUAUGGCAGAAGUUGAUGCUGAUCUACCGGAUACCAUCACUGGUGAAACAGCUCUAACUGUAGCUUCGGCCAACGGCUGCCUCUCCGUCUGCACGGCUCUCUUGAACAGGGGUGCCAACAUCUCGGUGACGAACCGUAAGGAACUGGCUCCACUACUCCUCGCUGUUAAAGAAGGCCAUUGGGCAGUUGCCGAAAGGCUGAUUCAAAACUACGCUGCUAUAGAGCAAUGCGACUCUGUUGGGAGGACUCCGCUGAUGAUCGCUGCUGCUGAAGGGCAUCUCGGGAUUAUCGAACUACUCCUGGACAGAGGUGCUGAUAUAAAUCGUGAAGAUCGAGAGGGCCUUACACCGCUCUGCUGGGCAUGUGUCAGAGGCAAACUUCAGGCAGCUCAAUGUUUGAUAGAGAGAGGGGCUGAUGUUAACCAUUCUGACAAGUCCGGGAGGACGCCUCUAGACCUGGCUGCAUUUCAGGGUAGCCAACCUUUGGUACAAUUUUUGAUGGACACCGGAGCGGCUGUGGAGCACGUCGACGCGAAUGGUGUGAGACCCUUGGACAGAGCUGUGGGUUGCAGAAACGCGAAUGUAGUCAGGUGUUUCUUGAAGAAAGGCGCCAAGUUGGGACCUGCCACCUGGGCUGUGGCGAACGGAAAACCAGAUAUCAUGUUAAUUCUGCUUAACAAGCUUUUGGAAGACGGUAACGUGUUGUACCGUAAAAGCAGGUUAAGGGAGGCCGCACAUCGGUACCAGUACGCUCUGAAAAAAUUCCCCACAGAAGACCAAGGAGAACACAACAAAGCCUUUCAUCAGCUCAAGAUCAAUUUCCUGCUCAACUUCUCCAGGUGCAAAAGGAAACUAAAUGAAACACAAGAGGCCAUAGACCUAGCAAACAGAGUGAUUGACCUAAAGCCUGAGUCAUAUGAGGCGUACUACGCACGCGCUAAGGCCAGGUUAGACCUGGAUCUUCUGGAAGGGGCUCUGCAGGACGUAAAAGAGGCUCAAAGAAGAGCACCUCCACAAGGUAGUGAAAUGAAGAUCUUGAAUUACCUUCACGAUGAAAUCGCAAGUAAAAUGACGUCGAGUAGCGGUUUGGGUUGCAAUAGAAGGGACUUUGCUGUAUCUGUUGAUGCGCUGCACGAAUAGGACAUCUUUAAAAAAGGAAAACGAUCAAGAAUAUUUUGUUAGUAGUAGAAGUUUUUUUUUGAAACAGACCACGAUAAGUAGAAUUACAGAAAAACAUUGUAUAGAUGGAUUUCGCAACAGAAAUACACAUUAUUAAAUCCUUGAAUGAAAUUGAUCAUCAUAUUUGACAAAAAAUAGUUUUCUCUUUCUCUCCAAUUUUCAAAUUUAUUUUCAUCAAAAACGUACAACAGAAAAUAUCAAAUAAUAUCCACAACUUAAAUCAUUUGCGGUAUUUAUCGUCCAGGAAAAAAUAACUAGAAAUAAUAUUGCCACUUAUUUUUUUUAUGUUAAUGGUCAUUUUACGAGCUGACUAACGACGUAGCCGCUAAGCAAAUUGGCAAUAUGAGAUCCCAGUUAAACGGUUUAUUUAGUUAGGUGAUGCAGAGGUGCAUAAAUUCGAUUCACAACGUUCCUAUUAACACAUCCAAUCAAUCACCGCAAGUGCUGGAAAAAAGCUAGGCUAUCUGUUCAGGGCUAAGAAGUACCUUUUUCCACUCUGUACAAGGCCCAUAUCAGAUCAUGCGUCGAGUACUGCUCACAUGUUUGGGGUGCUGCCGCCUUGAGUACAGAGCAUGGCUGUCCGUGACUGCUUCGGAAUCCUUUCGCACUAACGGGUCGUCGGCGAGCCGGCUCUCUUUUAACUCUAUAUCAAAGGGCUUUGCUCCACCUGGUACGACCUGUCAUCCUAACCGUGCCGAAGUUCGUACAUAAAGAACUUUCCAGUACGACUUAUCCUUUGUCCCUAAAGUGUCAAGAUUGUAGACCAUCUCCCUUUCCCAGAUCUACUAACUUUGUCCAGUCCAAAAAUUAGAUCAACAAAAUGUCCGUAAGCUCCUUAUAGCAGCCGCGGUCUUCAGGCUUCUGCCUACUGUAUAAAAAAAUACUUGAUAGUUUCUUGAAUAUACGCGAAAAAAUGAUUUUUCCAUCUUUGAUCAGUCCGUUGUAAAAUCGGUCUAUACAAUUUUUUCUAGAACAGGGUCUUUUUUUUGGCUACCAGUUUCUGACAUAGCGUUGUGUUACUUAUGUUACUUUAACUUAAAAAGUGAUGCUUUCUCUAAGUAGGACCAUUGAUUAACGUAUCAUAGCUGAAGGUAGACAACCUUAUACAAUAAUCGCGCGCCCGAAACAUUAUCCGAGAUGAAAUAGCGUCAAUCACAAAAAUUUGAAGGCAGCUCAAAAUUUGAGAGACAAACAAUACAAAAAAUGUAUAUUCACAAAAUCAAAUGAUGAUUGGGAGGUAUAUAAAACUCUUAGGAAUAAAUGUUUGUAUGUAAUUAGAGAAGAAAAAACGAAAUUCUACGAUAAUCAAAUCGAUAAUUAUAACAAGUGCGACAGUGUAAAGAUGUGGAAAAUUUUGAAAAGACUGAUAAUUAACCAUAAGUGCUAAGUACAUCUUUCUAUUACCAUCUAAUGGGAAUUUGUCAUGACUUCCUCCUCUGCGCAACAGUUAAGAAUCUACUCUAGGGCCAUCUAUGAGGGGUACUAACCUUUUCACAGGAGACUUCUAGUUAUUGCGGAAAGGAGAAACAUAGCUGUGACAAGUUAUCAUCAAAUUUUAUCUCGGAUUAUUUUUUUGAUGCGAAAAUAGAGUAUUAGGUUAGUUAUCUUCACGUUAAUCAAUCGAAUGGCAAACAAUAUUUUUGGCGUCAAUGCCAAUGGAAGGUAAAAUAUUUUGUAAAUUAAAGGUUUUGCUGACAUUUCCAAGUUAACUUUAGUUAACUUUCAAGAAUUUCUGUAGUUGUAAACUCUAACAGCUAGUUUGAACAUCGUCAAAAAGAAAUUGUUCGGUUUGAAAUAAUCAUGUCAGAAACUUUGUUUAAAAAGUGAUUGAGUUUUUGUAUACGCUAUAUGCUAUAUAUUCAGUGCCUUGGAAAAGUGCAUUAAACGAAGUUCUUUGGAAGACUGAUGUUUUAAAAAAUCAAUAUAAUUUUUCGUUGUGUAUAUUAGCUCGAUAAGAUUGUAAAUAUUUCCUACAGCUCUUCAUCUUAUUUAUUAUUUUUUGUUGACGAUUAAGCUUUUACUUCAUUCUCUUGGGUUAUCAUAUCAUUCCCCUCUUAUUGUUAUAUCGUGUUUAUUUAUUUAUAUAUAACUGUGUAUACCUUAUUAUUUGUACAAUAAUUAUAUAUAGAAUUUAUGACUUAUAUUAUGUAAAACGUGGCACUUUAUGAUUUUGUGAUUUUUUUUUGAUAGGUUGAUAGAAUGUAAUGAAAAUGAUGAUAUUGGAUGUAUAGUGGUUCCUUAUUUUGAAGACGCCUCAUUUGCCUCGUCAUUUAUUCACGAUAGAAGAGCUGUAUUGUCAAAAAGACGCCUUUUCUGACUUAAGGCCUACAGAUUAUCCGUGACAAUAUUUUCAUUGGCCCUGAGUUACAAGAGAGAGGUGAUGGUAUAAGGAAACAUUGAAGUUCAGGAAUAUACAAGGAAGAUGAUGUGUCGUUAUCGUGAAGAGGCUUCAUGUUAAGGAAUUACUAAGCAUUCGGCACUAGGUUUCAUGAUUCUCCGAGGGCUGUUGCAUUUUAAGAUCUAAAAUGUCUGCUAUUUAGCUGUAUAUUUUUAAAAGAUGCUUUCAUACUACUUAUAAUUGUUCCUUUAUUACAUACUGUUUAAGCAAUACUUUUGUAUUUAUAGGAUUGUAUUUAACUAUAUUCCCUACGAUGAUUGCAUUAUCUUCGAUUUCUAAAGACUUUUACUCCUGUAAAGUAUGUGAUUGAAGCGAUUAUGUAGAAGAAAUAGUUGUAAAAAACUUUUUACCCAGCUAAAAUGUAUCGAAUACAUCUACUUAGAUACAGGGUGUCAUAGUCAAACAAAGUUUCAUAGAAUAUUCAUUCAUAUACAUUGGCUGAAGAAUACUGAAAGAAUACACGAAAACAUCAAUAAGUCUCUCAUCUUUUGACUCAUUGUUCAAUUAAUGCGUUGUUUGUCUCAAAAAACGAAACCAAUUUCAGCAAAAAAAAUUGUUUUGGUAACGUUUAGUAAAGGUUUAUUCCCCCUCAUGAUCGUGGAUAUCAAAUACACAUGUGAGCAUGUGACACCUUGUAGUUAUUCUUGCCAAGAAGCGCGAUUAUUGUUUCUCAGUAUUUUCUUCUUCCGUUGAUUUUGAUAUUUUGGCAGUGUAACUGUGUUAUUUCGUACUGUGAAGUAAUUUAUUUGAUCGGAACGGUGCUAUGUCGAAAAUUAUUUCAAAAUAAAUAAUGUCUAUAAA